UUCCAUCUGCUCCGCCCCCUCUCCCCGCUCCCAUCCCCUUCCCUGCCGUCUCCCAUCUCCCAGCCGAUUCUUCUUUGCAACAACGCCGCCGCCUCCUCCUCCCAGCACCACCGAACCCUACCCCGCCCAGAAGCCCCGGCCGGGUCCGCGGGCUCGCAGAGACGCCGCGAGCGACGCGCGGACACGCAGGGCGGGUGGGGACCGGCCUCUGGAAGGAUUGAAAGGCUUCUCAAGCCUCCCGCCACCGCCACUGCCACCGCGGCCGACUACUGGCUACGUGGCCCAAGAUGGCAGGGGCAUCAGUGAAAGUGGCCGUGCGGGUGCGGCCGUUUAACAACCGGGAGACGAGCCGCGACUCCAAGUGCAUCAUCCAGAUGAUUGGAAAAACCACGACCAUUCUCAAUCCCAAGCAGCCCAAAGAGCCACCAAAGACCUUCAGCUUCGACUACUCGUACUGGUCUCACACCACGCCGGACGACUCGCACUUCGCGUCGCAGGAGCAGGUGUACAAUGACAUCGGGGAGGAGAUGUUGGAGCACGCCUUCGAGGGGUACAAUGUGUGCAUCUUCGCAUAUGGGCAGACGGGCGCCGGGAAGUCCUACACCAUGAUGGGCAAGCAGGAGAAGGGGCAGGAGGGCAUCAUCCCGCAGCUUUGUGAAGACCUCUUCCUCCGCAUAAACGACAAUGGGAACACGGACAUGGCCUACUCUGUGGAGGUGAGCUACAUGGAGAUCUACUGCGAGCGCGUGCGCGACCUGCUCAACCCCAAGAACAAGGGCAACCUGCGCGUGCGGGAACACCCGCUGCUCGGGCCCUAUGUGGAGGACCUGUCAAAGCUGGCUGUUACCUCCUACACGGACAUUGCUGACCUCAUGGACUCCGGCAACAAGGCCAGAACUGUCGCCGCCACCAACAUGAACGAGACCAGUAGCCGUUCGCAUGCCGUCUUCACCAUCAUCUUCACGCAGAAGCGGCACGACGUGGAGACCGACCUGUGCACCGAGAAGGUCAGCAAGAUCAGCCUGGUGGACCUGGCGGGGAGUGAGCGGGCCGACUCCACGGGAGCCAAGGGAACUCGGCUCAAGGAAGGCGCAAACAUUAACAAGUCUCUCACCACGCUGGGCAAGGUGAUCUCCGCCCUGGCCGAAGUGGAUUCUGGACCAAUCAAGCAAAGCAAGAAAAAGAAAAAGAUGGACUUCAUCCCUUACCGGGACUCAGUGCUCACCUGGCUUUUGAGAGAGAACCUGGGAGGGAAUUCCCGCACGGCCAUGGUGGCAGCGCUCAGCCCGGCCGACAUCAACUACGACGAGACGCUCAGCACAUUGAGGUACGCAGACCGAGCCAAGCAGAUCAAGUGCAAUGCGGUGAUCAACGAGGAUCCUAACGCGCGACUCAUCCGCGAGCUCAAGGAGGAGGUGGCGCGGCUCAAGGAGCUGCUGCUGUCCCAGGGCCUAGGCGACAUCGUCGACCUUGACCCCGAGUGCGCGUACAUUGGAAGCGGACCCAAAUACAUGAAAGACGUUGAGAACAAUAACACCGAGGGGCAGGUGGCGGGCGACGCGGGCGACGCUAGCGCCGCCGACAGUGACCGCCCUGAUGCUCUCUCCCCAGCCACGACUGCCCUCGCCUCCUUGGCCGCCUCCACCAAUUCCCCGCUCAUGCUGUGCGGGCAGUUGGGCAUCGGCGGGCCCGGUCUCGUCAACAUCGCCAACGCCGCCGCGGUGACGGCCGCCACCCUGCAGGAGCGCAUCAUGUCUGCGCCGGGCAGCGAGGAGGCCAUCGAGAGGCUAAAGGAAACGGAGAAGAUCAUCGCUGAGCUGAACGUGACUUGGGAAGAAAAACUAAAACGGACGGAGGCUAUCAAGAGCGAGAGGGAGGCCCUGCUAGCGGAGAUGGGGGUGGCUAUCCGCGAGGACGGUGGCACGCUCGGAGUCUUCUCUCCCAAGAAGACCCCACAUCUCGUGAACCUUAACGAGGACCCGCUGAUGUCAGAGUGCCUCCUGUACUACAUUAAAGACGGGAUCACAAGGGUGGGCCGCGACAGCGCCGAGAACCGGCAGGACAUCGUGCUGAGCGGGCCCAAUAUCCGCGAGGAGCACUGCAUCUUCCGCAGCGAGACCAAGAACACGGGUGAAGUGGUAGUGACGAUGGAGCCGUAUGAGGGCGCGGAGACGUACGUCAAUGGGAAGAAUGUCACUGAGCCCAUGGUGCUGCGCUCGGGAACUCGGCUGAUCUUGGGCAAGAGCCAUGUGUUCCGCUUCAACCACCCGGAGCAGGCACGCGCCGAGAGGGAGCGCACCCCUUCAGCCGAGACGCCGUGUGAGCCCGUUGAUUGGUCGUUUGCCCAGCGCGAGCUCCUGGAGAAGCAGGGCAUCGACAUGAAGCAGGAGAUGGAGAAGCGGCUGCAGGAGAUGGAGCUUCAGUACAAGCGGGAGAAGGAGGAGGCUGAUCUUCUCUUGGAGCAGCAAAGACUUGAAUACGAGAACCGCCUGCUUGCGCUGCAGCGGCAGGUGGACACGCACCUGACCGGGGAUCCCCGCGUCGACGACGAGGACGACGACGCGGAGGACGAAGCUCAAUGGACGGAGGGCGAGUUCAACCUGGCGCUGUGGGCCUUCCGCAAGUGGAAGUACCACCAGUUCACAUCCCUGCGCGACCAACUUUGGGGGAACGCCAUCUUCCUCAAGGAGGCCAACGCCAUCAGCGUGGAGUUGAGGAAGAGGGUGCAGUUCCAGUUCGUGCUGCUGACCGACACGGCCUACUCGCCACUCCCCUCCGAGCUGCUGUCUCCGGAGGCGGCGCGCCAACGUGACCGCGACGACGCUGGCGACCGCCCAUUCCCCCGCACCGUGGUGGCCGUGGAGGUGCAGGACUUGAAGAACGGAGCGACGCACUACUGGAGCCUCGACAAGCUCCGGCAGCGGCUGGGCACGAUGCGGGAGAUGUACGACCGCGCCGGGGAGAUAUCGUCCAACGCGUCUGAGGACGGGGAACCCGGCAUGACGGGUCACGACCCCUUCUACGACCGCUUUCCCUGGUUCCGGCUCGUCGGCAGUUCGCCGCUCUUCAGCACGUGUGUGAGCGAGCGGCUGGCCGACCUCACGCCGUCGCCCACCUUCUCGCUGGGCGGGGAGUCCGACAUCACGGAGCUAGCCGACGAGCAGGAGGGCGGCGGCGGCCGCGGUGCCGGCCGCGUUGGCCGCGCCGGCCGCGGCAGCUCCGACUGCGACGGGGACGCUCGCGGCCGCAGGAUCGACGACGAUGACGACGACGAAGAUGAGGAGGCGCUGGAGCUGCUGGACGACGAGGCAUUCGUGGACGACGAGACGACGGGCUCGGAGGCCAGCUCGCUGGACGACGGGCCACUCGACGGGCCGUCGGGGGCCGCCGGCUCAGGCCUGCUGCACGGGGAGCUCGACCCGUUCUACGACCGAUCGCCGUGGUUCAGCCUCCUCGGGAGGGCGUUCGUGUACCUGAGCAACCUGCUUUACCCCGUGCCGCUGGUGCACACCGCCGCCGUGGCUAACGAGCGCGGGGAGGUGAAGGGGUUCCUGCGUGUCGCCGUGCAGGCUAUCACAGCGGACGACGAAGCUCCGGAUUACGGCUCCGGUGUGCGGCAGUCGGGCACGGCCAAGAUAUCGUUUGACGACCAAUAUUUCCGCAAGGGCGACCGCGAGGCCUUCCUGCAGGAGGAGCUGCCGGUGGAGGUGGGCGCCUCGCAGGAGGAGCUGCGUGUGGUGGAGGGGCAGGGUCCCCCGAUGGACACCGACUCCCUGGACGAGGAGGAAAACAACAACAACAACAACGUCGCCAGCAGCCAGUCCGAGUCGGGCAGCGAGCUGGACAGCCCCGCCCGGGUGCUACGUGGGGCGCUGGCGGAGUGUGCCGGCGAGCACCUGGCGCUGGGCAGCACCUUCACGUUCCGCGUGACGGUGCUGCAGGCCUCGGGCAUCCCGCCCGAGUACGCCGACAUCUUCUGCCAGUUCAACUUCCUGCACUGCCACGACGAGGCCUUCUCCACAGAGCCCCUCAAGAACUCGGGACGAGGCCUGCCUCUCGCCUUCUACCACGUCCAGAAUAUUGCCGUGGAAGUGACCAAGUCGUUUGUGGAGUACAUCAAGAGCCAGCCGAUCGUGUUCGAGGUGUUCGGCCACUACCAGCAACACCCCCUGCACAACCAGAGCGGGGAUCUGAGCAGCCCCAUCCCGCCUUCCCGCCGCAACUUCCCGCCGGCAAUGCCGCUCUCCAAGCCAGUGCCGGCCACCAAGCUAAACACGGUGAGCAAGCCCAACACGGGCCAGUGCCACUGCAAGUACGACCUGCUGCUGUGGGUGGAAAUCUCGGAGCUGGAGCCGACUGGGGAGUACAUCCCCGCAUUGGUGGACCACAGCAGUGGCAUCCCCUGCCAUGGAGUCUACCUGCUCCACCAGGGCAUCCAGAGGCGCAUUGUGGUGACCAUCAUCCACGAGACGGAGAGUGAGGUGCAGUGGAAGGAGGUCCGCGAGCUCGUCGUCGGUCGUAUCCGCACGUCGCCCGAGUUCGAGGAGAGCGCCGCCACAGACCCCGGGAUUUUGUCCCUGAACAUCCUCUCCUCCCAGUACAUCUCCCCCGCUGGGGACGACAGGCAAUGUCUUGAUUCCGACAUGCCUAGGACGUUCUUUCGCUUCGAGGCCGUGUGGGACAGCUCGCUGCACAACUCGCUGCAGCUGAACCGUGUCACGCCCUAUGGGGAGAAGAUCUACAUGACCCUGUCAGCCUACCUGGAGAUGGAAAACUGCUCGCAGCCGGCUGUGAUCACGAAGGACUUCUGCAUGGUGUUCUAUGCCCGUGAUGCCAAGAUCACGCCACCGCGCUCCCUACGCAGCCUCUUCGGCAGUGGGUACAGCCGCUCGCCUGACUGUAACCGAGUCACUGGGCUGUACGAGCUGAGCCUCUGCAGACAGGCUGACAAUGGCAGCCCAGGCAUGCAGAGGCGAAGGCGGCGCGUGCUGGACACGUCGGUGGCAUACGUGCGCGGGGAGGAGAACCUCUCGGGCUGGAGGCCGCGGAGCGACAGCCUCAUCCUGGACCACCAGUGGGAGCUGCAGCGCCUGAGCCACCUGGAGGAGGUGGAGAAGACGCGCCACUUCCUGCUGCUGCGCGAGCGCCUGGAGGGCGGCGCCCACAAGCCUCAGGCGGCGGCAGGGGGCGCCGUGGCGGCCGGUGGCUGCGACUCGUUCCUGUCGUCGUCUUCGUCCCCCCUCUCAGCCUCAGCAGGGAUGAUGAGCUCGUCCACCAGCUGCUCGUCGCACAUCUCUUCGUCGGCCGAGGAGGCCGCCACGCCCUCGCUGGACACGCCCACGCCCAGCGAGAGCAGCGGCUACGCCUCGCCGCUAACGCAGACGCUGCUGGAGCGCGAGAAGCAGCUCGCCGCCAAGUGUCUGCGAAUUCUGACCCACACCUUCAACCGAGAGUUCAGCCAGGUGUUCAACAGUGUCAGUGAUAACAAGCUGUCGGAGACGGCGUCCACCCUCACGCGGGACCUCUCCAUCUCGGAUAUCAGCAGCACGACUAUCACCCCCUCCUCCACCUGCCCUUCCCUGGCGGACACGCGCUACAGCUCCAUGGACCAGCGGACCCCGGAAGCGGUGUCGCGCACGCCCAGCCCGUCCCCGGACACCGAGGUGGCUCCCAGCCUCGUGUUGCCGGCGCCACACCGUGUCAGUCGCUCCCCUAGCAAGCCGAACCUCGACAAGACCAUCGCCAAGUUUGUGCCGGACAUCGAGGAGAUACGAGCCAGUCCCGUCGUGUCCAAGAAGGGCUACCUGCACUUCCUGGAGCCGCAGACCAACUCGUGGCUGAAGCGCUUUGUGGCCGUGCGCCGGCCCUACGCCUACAUCUACAACAGUGACAAGGACCCCGUGGAGAGGGGUGUCCUCAACCUGUCCAACGCGCAGGUGGAGUACAGCGAGGACCAGCAGGCCAUGCUCAAGACGGCGAACACAUUUGCGGUGUGCACGCAGCACCGCGGCCUGCUACUGCAGGCGUGCAACGACAAGGAGAUGCAGGACUGGCUCUACGCCUUCAACCCGCUCCUGGCCGGCACCAUCCGAUCCAAGCAGUCAAGAGGCCAAGGGCUCCAGCUGAGACUCUGAGUUGCGACCGAGCGACGGGAAAAACAAAUGGAGAAAAAACUCAGUCUGCCGACCGCCAGUCCUACCACUCCGCACUAAACUCGGAUCACUUUAUUUUCUAUUUAUUUUGUUCUUUUGCAGCAAAGUCAUUUGCUCGCGGUCAGUGUAUAAAAGCCCACUUGGGAAGUCUGGUCGUUUAUGCAGACUGUGUUUGUAUAUAGCAAAUUGUAAUCGUUUUUAUUUUUCAUGUAUUUAUUUGAUUUAUCCUCCUUUUGGCUGUGGUCCCUUAGCGCCUUCCCCGCUGUGUCCCUUUACCCCGGACUCCCUUUGACCGUGCGCGCUCGGCUGUGGGAUUUGAAACCGGACGCUUUGCUAUUGACCCCGCCGUGUUCUGUUCCGUGCCCCCGUGUCGCCUCCACGCGUGACGUUCUCUCUGCUUGUGGUGUCACACUCUGCCGGAGUGAGCAGCUGUAAGGUAAUACUUGUAACAGGGACUUGGCUGCUCUCCCCCAUCAUGCUUACCGACGUACCUCUCGCAGACUUCUGCACGGAGAGGUUCUCGGGCCGCAGCAAUCGCGAGGUUUCAAUUCUGGCUCCUCGCUCCGAGACUUCAGGCCUGGGCCACGACUUCGUUGCUGCCGCUGAGUUCUGAUGCGUCCAACCAUUCCCCUAAAGUGGAAACCUUCAGAAUUUAUCAAAUCAUGACGUGUGACGUACACCAUUGAUCUGUUGUAGAGAUUCGAGCUUCCUGGAAGGAGCUGAAUCACAUUGAGAUGGGGGGGGAAUGCAGGUAGCCUGAUGGCUUCAUAUUAUUAAAAACGCAAAGUGCGGAUAUCGCACAGCUACGUCUAACGUUCCGCGACCACCACCUGCCUGUUAUCAUUCCUGGAAGCUGAAAUAUACAGUAUCACAGUAUCAUACAUAGUCGACCUGUAUCACUCCGCAAAGUAUUAGACUCAAAUACGGAUAAUAAACAACUUAGCUUUAAAUUGUGCUAUGAAUACAUUUACGGCUUUGUCGGUGAUAUUUUGUAAAGCUGUAUUACCUUCUGAUAAGAUGACACGGUGAUAACAUUUAAAAACCUGCUAUACAGAUUCUGGGGCUCCACAGACAUAUAAUGCAGGUUACCAGGUGCUGCGCCAUUCUCUAGGGAUGGGUCGGGAGGAUCUCCAAUGGCUCUUCAGUUCACCUUAUUCAUCGCAGCCAAACUCUGCACAUUGCAGAAUCUCCGUAGCUAGGUAUAACUGGCUACCAUCAUGCACAUUUUUAUAUUGGUUUAAAUGUUGUGUUUUAUGCUUGUUUAUUGUGUUAAGAAAAUUACUGUACUUAUUCAUAACUGGUAGUUGUGUAUUGAGAUGUUAUUUAUGCAAAGAGGAGAGCUGAUUUAUUGUAGGGGUGGGGCAGGAAGGCAUCUGUGUGAAAUCGUGUAAUUUAUAUCUCAGGCUGGCAAUGGUAAUUGCCUUUCGCUGCCCACUGCACUGGCUUGCUGGUAAAAUGUCACAGGGUUAACACCGGCCUAAAACACAAGUCUGCAUCUUCGCAGCGUAUCGAUGUUGACGCUAUAUCCGAAUAAAUAUGAACGGAGUUGACGGCUGUGCCAUGGCCCUGCGUGUGCUUUAGGCCACAAUACCUCCAGUGCAUGGCACACACACACACGAGUCUCUGCUUGUGUGCAUUGGCUGACAUUAGCCAAGGCGCUUGUCAUCGUGUCUAGGUAUAGGUCAUGUCUUGGGCCAGUCAACCUUUAGUGCAUGACUUUUACGCGUGUUUGUGAAUUUGUUGUUAAAGGGAAACCGAAACCCAUGGAUAAAAGCAACUGCAAUGCAUGUACAGCGUCAUCCGGCUUAGGAAGAACAUGUGCAAGUUAUUGUGGUAAAUGUUGAAGGCACCUGCAGUAAUGUUGGAGUAAACUUGGAAACCUUCGUACACACACGUGCUGCUGCGUUCUAACCCUGCGAUGUGGUAUAACGAAGGGUGUGAUCGCAGCUGAUUUACUCUGCAGGCAAAUCUAUCAGAACUUUCACUUGGCGCCUCAUCGAGCCCCGGAAACAAGCAAAGAGGAGACUCAUCCGGCAGUCUGAUCAUUUCUGUGGAUCGGCAGCGCUCCGAGCGAUGCACUGUUCGAUCUUAGACUCGACGGACCACAACGCGAGUGCAACGUUUCACUUUUACACCCCUCGCCCUUUGGGGUCGGCAGUUUCACUCGAGUCUACCUGUGCUUAAGUCACAACCGGGAAGUUCCGUUUGGGGGGAGGGGGGAUGCCUUAACAGGUGCGAUUGCUGCACAGGGCCCUGCACAUCCACGGCAUCGAGCUGAAGUGCGUCCAAUUGUAAUCAUAUCUGUAUUCACGUGUUUUGAGAAUAUGUAGCACUUUUUACAUUUCAGGUAAGCCCUGAUGUUAUUCCAUUAUUCACGUAACGAUUCGGACAUAUCCACAUUGCGCCAGGUUCACACGCUCUCCGGCUGAACUCGUGUCCUCGUGUGUACAUAAAUGAAUAUCAAGAAUGCCUGUUGUGUGUGGUUGUCGAGCUUUUGGGUGAGGAUGUGCACCGCAGGUGGCUUAGGUCGAGAAGGUGCGCAGCAGCAGCAGCAUUGCUCUGCUGCCUCCGUGCUGCUUGCUCAGAUGUGAAGUGAUGUAGUCGUAUCCAAUGCAGUAGGUAGCCAUUUGGUUAAAACACUCGGCCCCAUUUCCUCCCUCGCCAGAGUGGGGGGGGGGGAUAAUGGAAACCCGUGCAAAGUUGACAGUGGUGUGGCCGUAACUUGGUUUUAUUUUCCGUGUUCUUCCUUUGUUUAAUCUUACGUUAUUUUUAUUUGUGCUUCCAAAAAAAUGCUUAUGCAGCACCACUGAUAUUUAGAUGGAUGUGAACGUCAUUAGGAGUUGGUGGGUGGGUGGUAGCCUGGAGUGGCUCGUGUCCAGCAGUAACCGCAGCAGCAGCAACAGCACCUGUCCUUUCUGCCGCCUCACCUGGUGUCUGUAUAGCCAGUCCGUGUGUUGUACGCUGUCUUGUAGUGACGGAUACUGACCUUGUCACAUGACCUUGUUACCAAACUUAAAAAAAGUCAUGUGCUGGAAAUGAUCAGCGAGAAAAUAAACCUUGUGGUUCUUGUGUAAUGCAGAA